CUGCUGCCCGAGCUGGUGCUGAAAGAAGAGCCCGGCGGGCUGCAUGGUGCUGCCCGAGCCUCAGGGUCGCCCCUUCGCUCUCGGGACCCGCGUGUCUGACAGUUAGACGCGAUGGCACACUGGGUGGCAGCAAGCCCCCUCCUCAUUCUGACUGUUUUCCUAGGGCGAGCUGUCUCAGCCCGAGCCCAGGAAGACGACGAGGCUGAGAGUUAUGGUGAAGAGAUAGCCUGCACGCAGAAUGGCCAGAUGUACUUAAACCGAGACAUUUGGAAACCUGCCCCCUGCCAGAUAUGUGUCUGUGACAAUGGAGCCAUUCUCUGUGACAAGAUAGAGUGCCCAACCCUGCAUGAGUGUGCCCACCCUGUCACUCCUGCCGGGGAGUGCUGUGCUGUCUGCUCACAUACGACUGGUGGUGGCAACACCAAUUUUGGUAGAGGAAGAAAGGGACAAAAAGGAGAACCAGGACUCGUGCCUGUUGUAACAGGCAUACGGGGUCGUCCAGGACUGGCAGGGCCUCCGGGGUCACAAGGCCCACGAGGAGAGCGAGGUCCCAAAGGAAGACCUGGUCCCCGUGGUCCUCAGGGUAUUGAUGGAGAACCAGGUGUUCCUGGUCAACCUGGUCCCCCAGGGCCUCCAGGACAUCCAUCCCACCCAGGACCCGAUGGGAUGAGCAGGCCCUUUUCAGCUCAGAUGGCUGGGUUGGAUGAAAAAUCUGGACUUGGGAGUCAAGUAGGCCUGAUGCCUGGCUCUGUGGGUCCUAUUGGCCCAAGAGGACCCCAAGGUUUACAAGGGCAGCAGGGUGGUGUUGGCCCUACAGGACCUCCCGGUGAACCUGGUGAACCUGGACAAAUGGGUCCAAUUGGUGCCCGUGGACCCGAAGGCCCUCCUGGGAAACCCGGCGAAGAUGGUGAAUCUGGUAGAAAUGGAAAUGCUGGUGAAGUGGGAUUUUCUGGAUCUGCAGGAGCUCGAGGCUUUCCGGGGGCUCCUGGUCUUCCAGGCCUGAAGGGUCACCGAGGACACAAAGGUCUUGAAGGCCCAAAAGGUGAAGUUGGAGCAACUGGUUCCAAGGGUGAAGCUGGCCCUACUGGUUCAAUGGGUGCUAUGGGUCCUAUGGGCCCUAGGGGAAUGCCAGGCGAGAGAGGGCGACUUGGGCCACAAGGAGCUCCAGGUCAACGAGGUACACACGGAAUGCCUGGAAAACCUGGACCAAUGGGUCCUCUUGGGAUACCUGGCUCUUCUGGUUUUCCAGGAAAUCCUGGGAUGAAGGGAGAAGCUGGCCCCACUGGGGCAAGAGGACCAGAAGGUCCGCAGGGACAGCGGGGUGAGACUGGACCCCCCGGUCCCGUUGGAUCUCAAGGUCUUCCUGGUACAGUGGGAACUGAUGGGACUCCUGGUGCCAAAGGUCCAACGGGCUCUCCUGGUACCUCUGGUCCUCCUGGCUUGGCAGGGCCUGCUGGAUCUCCAGGGCCUCAGGGGAGCACUGGACCUCCAGGAAUUCGAGGGCAACCGGGUGAUCCAGGAUUUCCAGGCUUUAAAGGAGAAGCGGGGCCUAAAGGGGAACCGGGACCCCACGGUGUUCAGGGUCCAAUUGGCGCACCUGGUGAAGAAGGCAAAAGGGGUCCCCGAGGAGAUCCAGGAACAGUUGGUCCUCCAGGUCCAAUGGGAGAAAGAGGUUCUCCUGGCAAUCGUGGUUUUCCAGGCUCUGAUGGCUUACCUGGACCAAAGGGGGCUCAAGGAGAGAGGGGUCCUGCAGGCUCCUCAGGACCUAAAGGAGGCCAGGGAGAUCCAGGACGUUUAGGUGAACCUGGGCUUCCAGGUGCUCGGGGUCUGACAGGAAAUCCUGGUGUUCAAGGACCUGAAGGAAAACUUGGACCUUUGGGUGCUCCAGGCGAAGAUGGCCGUCCAGGUCCUCCCGGCUCCAUAGGAAUCAGAGGACAGCCUGGGAGCAUGGGUCUUCCUGGCCCCAAAGGUAGCAGUGGUGACCUGGGAAAACCCGGAGAAGCAGGGAAUGCUGGUGUUCCAGGGCAGAGGGGAGCGCCUGGAAAAGAUGGUGAAGUUGGUCCUUCUGGCCCCGUGGGUCCUCCGGGUCUGGCCGGGGAAAGAGGAGAACAGGGCCCUCCUGGCCCCACCGGUUUUCAGGGACUUCCUGGUCCUCCAGGCCCUCCUGGGGAAGGUGGAAAGCCAGGAGAUCAGGGCGUUCCUGGAGACGCGGGAGCAGUUGGCCCCUUAGGACCUAGAGGAGAGCGUGGAAAUCCUGGGGAAAGAGGAGAACCCGGGAUAACUGGACUCCCUGGGGAGAAAGGAAUGGCUGGAGGACAUGGUCCUGAUGGUCCAAAAGGAAGCCCAGGCCCAAGUGGGACCCCGGGAGAUACAGGCCCACCGGGUCUUCAAGGAAUGCCCGGAGAAAGAGGAAUCGCAGGAACUCCUGGGCCCAAAGGUGACAGAGGUGGCAUAGGAGAAAAAGGUGCUGAAGGCACAGCAGGAAACGAUGGAGCAAGAGGUCUGCCUGGUCCUCUGGGCCCUCCCGGUCCUGCAGGCCCCACUGGAGAAAAGGGUGAACCUGGUCCCCGGGGUUUAGUUGGUCCACCGGGCUCUCGUGGAAAUCCUGGCUCUCGUGGUGAAAACGGCCCCACAGGAGCGGUUGGUUUUGCUGGACCCCAGGGCCCUGAUGGGCAACCUGGUGUAAAAGGUGAGCCGGGAGAGCCAGGACAGAAGGGAGAUGCCGGUUCUCCUGGACCACAAGGUCUGGCGGGAUCCCCUGGUCCUCAUGGUCCUAAUGGUGUGCCUGGACUAAAGGGUGGUCGAGGAACUCAGGGUCCACCUGGGGCCACAGGAUUCCCUGGUUCUGCUGGCAGAGUUGGACCUCCAGGACCGACUGGUGCUCUAGGACCUGCUGGGCCUUUAGGCGAACCUGGGAAGGAGGGACCUCCGGGUCUUCGUGGGGAUCCUGGCUCUCAUGGGCGAGUGGGCGAUCGAGGACCAGCUGGACCCCCUGGCGGCCCAGGAGACAAAGGGGACCCAGGAGAAGAUGGGCAGUCUGGCCCAGAUGGUCCCCCUGGUCCUGCUGGAACGACUGGGCAACGAGGAAUUGUCGGCAUGCCUGGGCAACGCGGCGAGCGAGGCAUGCCUGGGCUGCCCGGUCCCGCGGGCACACCAGGAAAAGUCGGACCAACUGGUGGGCCAGGAGAUAAAGGUCCCUCUGGACCUGUGGGACCACCGGGCUCAAAUGGUCCCGUAGGGGAGCCUGGACCGGAGGGUCCUGCUGGUAACGACGGUACUCCAGGACGAGACGGUGCUGUUGGAGAACGGGGCGAUCGUGGAGACCCUGGGCCUGCAGGUCUGCCUGGAUCUCAGGGUGCCCCUGGAACCCCUGGCCCUGUUGGUGCUACUGGAGAUGCAGGGCUAAGAGGAGAGCCGGGUUCUCGGGGUCCUAUAGGACCACCUGGUCGAGCUGGGAAACGUGGUUUACCUGGACCCCAAGGACCCCGUGGUGACAAAGGUGAUCAUGGAGAUCGAGGUGAUAGAGGUCAGAAGGGUCACCGAGGUUUCACGGGUCUUCAAGGUCUUCCUGGACCUCCUGGUCCAAAUGGAGAACAAGGCAGUGCUGGAAUCCCCGGACCCUUUGGCCCAAGAGGUCCUCCAGGCCCAGUUGGUCCUUCAGGGAAAGAAGGAAACGCUGGGCCCCUCGGGCCGGUCGGACCUCCUGGUGUUCGGGGCACUGUCGGAGAAGCAGGACCCGAGGGUCCUCCUGGAGAACCUGGCCCUCCUGGGCCUCCAGGACCCCCUGGCCACCUAACAGCUGCUCUUGGGGAUAUUAUGGGACAUUAUGAUGAGAACAUGCCAGAUCCACUUCCAGAAUUCACUGAAGAUGAAGCUGCCCCCGAUGACAAAAACAAAACGGAUCCAGGGGUCCAUGCUACCCUGAAGUCCCUCAGCAGUCAGAUCGAAACCAUGCGCAGCCCCGAUGGCUCCAAAAAGCACCCAGCCCGGACCUGUGAUGACUUAAGGCUUUGCCAUCCCACCAAGAAGAGUGGUGAUUACUGGAUUGACCCUAACCAAGGAGUUGUUGAAGAUGCAAUAAAAGUAUACUGCAAUAUGGAAACAGGAGAAUCAUGUAUUUCAGCAAAUCCAUCCAGCAUACCUCGUAAAACUUGGUGGACCAGUAGAUCCCCUGACCAGAAACCUGUUUGGUAUGGUCUUGAUAUGAAUAGAGGAUCUCAGUUUGUUUAUGGAGAACACCAGUCACCAAAUGCAGCCAUUACUCAAAUGACCUUCCUUCGCCUCUUGUCAAAAGAAGCUUCACAAAACAUCACGUACAUAUGUAAAAACAGCAUAGGAUACAUGGAUGAUCAAGCGAAGAACCUUAAGAAAGCUGUGAUCCUCAAAGGGGCUAAUGACUUAGAAAUCAAAGGAGAGGGCAACAUUAGAUUCAGAUACACAGUUCUCCAAGAUACGUGCUCUAAACGAAAUGGAAUUGUGGGCAAGACUAUCUUUGAAUAUAGAACACAAAAUGUGGCACGCUUGCCCAUCAUUGAUCUUGCUCCUGUGGAUGUCGGCGGCACAGAUCAGGAAUUUGGCGUCGAAGUUGGGCCAGUUUGUUUUGUGUAAAGCAACCGAGAUACAUCAACAAUGGCGCCGACGACCACCACCACCACCAUCAGUGACCACCACCAUUCACCAGAACUUUGACUGUUCGAAGUUGAUCCUGAGACUCUUGAAGUAAUGGCUGAUUCUGAGUCAGCAUUGUACAUAUGAUCUUAAGUGCCUGGCCUCCUUUUCCUUCAGAAUAUUUAUUUUACUUACAGUCCUCAAGUUUUAAGUGAUCUAAAAUAUUUUUUCAAUACAGAAGUUUAGGUUUAAGAUGACCAAUGAAAACGACCCCCUUUUAAGAACAAAAGUAAACUGAUUGAAUAAAUAAAUCUCUGUUUUCUUCCAUUUAUUUCAACAUAAUGCACAAGUUGCUUAGUGUUUAUGAGGAAAUCCUUCCUCCUGGCAGGUAGCUUACAGAGUGGGGCACAAAAAAACCACAACACAUGCGUAUUUUGCUUGGCUGCAGUUUGAGAAAUAGAAAGUGGUACCUCUUUGACCACUUACUCCCAGAUGAUCAGUGAAAUGAAAAUGUUUAAGCUUGUGAGUAAAGCCCACAUGGAUGGGAGAUACAAUAUUGUAUACCUGAUCGAGAUUCUUUAAAGAGAAUCUUCUAGAAAAUUACUACAUCAGAUUCUCAUGGUCUUACAGGGAAUAUUUUGGUAACGUGAAAUUUCUGGAGAAGAAAGUGAAAUAAUUUGAAUUUCUUAAAUAUUUGUGAAUUCAAUUUAGUCUUCUUUCUCAUUCAAAUGUAAAGGUACCUUUUCCUUCUUGACUCAAUCUAUCAGUAUAGAUAGAAGUUACACAUAUAUAUCAUUGAAUACAAUUAUAGUUUCUUGAUUAAGAAGACAUAGAAUCCAAAUAAUUUACACAAAAAAAUUUAUAACUAUAGAUUCAGGACCAAAAAUUGAGACUACUCCACAUGUACUCUCUCAUCAUCAUGCCUAUAAAGGAGAAAAAGUAUUACCGGCUUAGAGGUGUGGCACUGACUCUAAGCAAACAUAAGAAUGAGACCAUAUAGACUCUGAAUUUUCACAGACUAAAAUGACCCACAAUUUCUUAGCAUGAGCUACCUCAUCUCUAGAAGCUGGGAUGAACUUACUAUUCUUGUUUUUAUAAUAGUUACUAAAAGGUGCUAUGAUUCUAUUAUUAUUACAAUACUGGAGAUAAGCAGGGCUAAAAAUUAUUAUUAUUAUUAUUAUUUUCCUUUAAUGAUGGUGCUAAAGUUCCUUCUACAAAAUUCUUUACAAAUAAAGAUGGUUUCAUCAAUACCAGUUGUGAAAAUAUGACUGUUAGACUUCCUGUUUCUGAGAGAAAGAGCAUUGUUCCAGUGCCUUUUCCAUGUUCAUUUGUCAUACUGUAUCUGGAAUGUUUUGUAAUACUAGCAUGUUUCUUAGAUGAGAACAUGUAGGACCCCUUGUGUCUCAAAGUUUUUAUGAUUUUUCUUAAUUGCAUUUGUUGGCUCCACUUUUAUCUUUUCUUUUAAAAUAAACAGCUGGGACCAUCCCAAAGGACAAGCCACGCACACAACUUUAGUCAUGUAUCUCUGCAACGCAUCAAAUUAAAUGCAUGCUUUUGUCAUGUCAAUGGUUUCUGUUUUUGUGGAAUUCCUUUGAACAUUCCCUUGCUCUAUUUUAUUUCCAAUAGUGAAAAGAAAGGUGUUGUGA